UGACGCCCACCCCGAGCUCGGCGCUCCCGGCGGGCGGGCGGGCUAUGCCAGGCGGGCGGCCUCCGUGCUGUGCCCUCCUCGCCGCCGACCGCUAGAUGUCGAGAGCGGCGGGGCUGCCAGGCGCCUCCCUCUGGCCCGAUGGACGCCUCCUCCCCUCAGCCCCGCGCGGAAUCCCGCAAAGACAAGUGGUAUCCAGGAGAAAGAUGUCUUGCUCCUUCUUCAGAUGAUAAAAAGCUUUGUGAAGCAACCAUAAAGUCUAUCACUGUGGAUGAAAAUGGGAAGCCAUGUGCAAUUGUCCUGUAUUCAGAUUUUCAAGAAAAGAAAAUACCUCUUCAAAGACUUCAAGAAGUAAAACCAGCUAAAAAUUUCUCCAGAAGUUUUAUAUUUGAUGAUGAAGAUUUGGAAAAACCCUAUUUCCCAGAUCGAAAAAUUCCACCAUUGGCUAAUGCUUUUAAAUUAUCGGAAGAUGGAGACUCCAUUCCUUACACUAUUAAUAGGUAUUUGCGUGAUUACCAAAGAGAGGGAGCUCAGUUUCUCUACAGACACUACAUCCAGGGAAGAGGGUGUAUUCUCGGUGAUGACAUGGGACUUGGAAAAACAAUACAGGUUAUUUCAUUUUUGGCUGCAGUUUUGCAUAAAAAGGGAACUCGUGAAGAUAUUGAAAAUAACAUGCCAGAGUUCUUACUAAAAAGUAUGAAAAAGGAACCCUCUUCUACGGCCCAGAAGAUGUUCUUAAUAGUUGCCCCUCUUUCUGUCCUCUACAACUGGAAGGAUGAAUUGGAUACCUGGGGAUAUUUCCGAGUCACUGUUUUACAUGGUAGUAAAAAAGAUAAUGGACUGAUUCGUUUAAAGCAAAGAAAAUGUGAAAUUGCUCUAACAACCUAUGAAACACUGCGCUUGUGUCUGGAGGAACUUAACAGUUUGGAAUGGUCAGCUGUUAUUGUAGAUGAAGCUCAUAGAAUCAAGAAUCCAAAAGCACGAAUUACAGAAGUCUUGAAGGCUGUGAAGUGCAAGGUCCGCAUUGGCCUGACUGGUACCAUCCUCCAGAACAACAUGAAGGAGCUGUGGUGUGUUAUGGACUGGGCUGUGCCGGGACUUUUAGGCAGCAGGAGCCACUUUAAGAAGCAGUUUUCUGACCCAGUGGAACAUGGCCAGAGACACACAGCAACCAAAAGAGAGCUUGCUACUGGCCGAAAAGCUAUGCACAGGCUUGCAAAAAAGAUGUCUGGCUGUUUUCUCAGGCGCACCAAGACCCUUAUCAAGGGUCAGCUACCUAAGAAGGAAGACAGGAUGGUGUAUUGUUCUUUGACAGAGUUCCAGAAAGCUGUCUACCAAACAGUGUUAGACACAGAAGAUGUAGCUUUGAUCCUUCAGUCCUCUCAGCCUUGUACCUGUGGCAGUGGCCGGAAAAGGAGAAACUGCUGUCACAAGACUAAUUCACAGGGUGACAAAGUGAGAUCACUGUGUCUUAGUUACCUGACUGUGCUACAGAAAGUAGCAAACCACGUUGCUCUGCUGCAGGCCGCCAGCACCUCCAAACAUCAGGAAACACUUAUCAAGAGGAUAUGUGAUCAGGUAUUUUCCAGAUUCCCAGAUUUUGUGCAGAAAAGCAGAGAUGCAGCCUUCGAAACACUUUCUGACCCUAAGUACAGUGGGAAAAUGAAGGUUCUCCAGCAGCUUUUAAACCAUUUUAGGAAACACAGAGAUAAGGUUCUUCUCUUCUCCUUUUCCACCAAGCUGCUGGACGUGCUGCAGCAGUACUGUAUGGCUUCCGGCCUUGACUACCGGAGACUUGAUGGAAGCACAAAAUCAGAGGAAAGACUCAAGAUUGUGAAAGAGUUCAACAGUACACAAGACGUGAACAUUUGUCUUGUCUCCACGAUGGCUGGUGGACUAGGUCUCAAUUUUGUUGGUGCCAACGUUGUUAUAUUAUUUGAUCCAACUUGGAAUCCAGCCAAUGAUCUUCAAGCCAUUGACAGAGCAUACAGGAUUGGGCAGUGUAGAGAUGUCAAAGUGCUCAGGCUGAUAUCCUUGGGGACUGUGGAGGAGAUCAUGUACUUACGGCAGAUUUACAAACAGCAACUUCACUGUGUGGUGGUUGGAAGUGAAAAUGCCAAGCGAUACUUUGAAGCAGUACAAGGAUCAAAAGAACAUCGAGGCGAGCUCUUUGGUGUCCACAACCUCUUCAGACUAAGGUCCCAAGGGUCCUGUCUUACGAGAGACAUCCUGGAGAGAGAAGGCCAAGUGGAAGCUGGCAUCAUGACAGCCACAACAUGGUUGAAAGGGGGACUUUCAGCACAGGAACUAGAAACACCUAGAGACCCUGACUGUCAAGAAUCCACAGAGGUGUGUGAGCUCUACAGUGACUUCAGUGAUGACGAGCCAGUGGGCCGCUCCCUUGGAAAGACGGCUGAACACAGAGUCUCUGGCUCCAGUAGAGCUGCAGGCUCCUCAGCACAGCUCACUUUGCUGCAGUGUGGAUUCUCUAAAUUGUUUGAGGCAAAUUGUAAGUCAGUCCAGGAUGGCAAUGGAAACGCUGCCUCCAGUGAUGAAAGCUCUGAUGAGCAGCCCACAUGCCUGUCAGCAGAAGCCAAGCAGGCUGCUUGUCAGAAAACUCGAGACUCUGUUUGUACUUCAGAACAUCAGAAAUCAGAGAACAUCCAAAAUCCUAAUGAGAAAUGUGGUUUUGAUAAGAAGACUUUAGAACAGAACGUUUCUUCUCAGUCUGAUGAGAAAAAGUAUCACAGUACAGAUGGGCAUCAUGGCAUGGGACAAAGUGACACAGAGUCAGAAGACAGUGAUGUCAUCUUUCCCACACAGUAUCCAGCUCAGAAAGCCCCUAACAACCGUAUACGCUUUAAGCUGCUGUUUGGUGAAUCUGAAGAUUCUGAAGCAGAAAACCCUGUGAAAAGAAAUUGUGUUGCUGGUAGACAGAACAGUGGCAAAGGAAAUGGACCUGUUUCAAAACCCUUGAGUACUGAGAACAUGACCUUGAAACUUGUUAGGAAAAGAAAAGAUACAGAUGAUAUUAGUGAUGAAUCUGAUGACAUCGACAUGUUCCCCAAGUCCAGAAUAAGAAAGCAAAGAGCUACUACUUCCCUGAAGUUUAAGAGAAAAAAGGAAAACAAAAGGGGGUCUCCUGGAAGAGCAAAGGAGCCCAAACAAGUGUGCGCAGCAGAUGGGGACUGUAGCUCUCAGGUCAUUGACGACUUCUCAUCCUCUGAUGACAAUGUAUCUGUCAGCCAUUGGAGUUCCUCUAAACUAAGUCACAGAGCAGAAACUGUAAAAGAUAAAAUCAGUUUGUUCUCCAAGCUACCUGGCCCGGAUAAGAAAAACAUUUGUAUAUCAAGGAAGCCAGCAAGCUUUUUAAAUGAAAGAGUUGUCAGUCAAGAGCAAAUGUGUGACUCAAUGGAUAAAAUAUUAGGUGGUGUUCAGGAAGUGGCGUAUAUCCACUCAAAUCAGAAUGUGAUUGGAUCAAGCAGAGCUGAAAAUCACAUGAGCCGUUGGGCAACCCGUGAUGUAUUUGAGUUGAAACAGUUUUCCCAGCUCCCUGCUAAUGUAGCUGUUUGCAGUUCAAAGACAUACAAAAAUAAAGUGAACGCACACUCAGAGAAAGAUGAGUCCCCAAGUGAUGGAACCAUUUCCUCUCCUCUGUGUGUAUCUCACCCUGUGAGCCAGAAAAAGAAAGAUGUCUACCGUACUAACCAGACCACCUUCAUCAUUGGAGAAACACCAAAAGGAAUCCGCAGAAAGCAGUUUGAAGAAAUGGCCUCCUACUACAAGUCAUCUGUACAGGAGUUUGCUAGACAGGUAACCAGUGCCACGUCUGAGGAGCGACUGAGACUGCUCAGGGACUUCUACAGCCCUCGGCACCCAGAGGUAAAGGGGUUCUUCGUGAGUUCUGCCCCAGAGUCGACCAGAUCUGUCCACAAGCAGGAAGACAGGGUCAAGAAUAAAUCCAAAGGAAAAGAAUCUCUUUUAAAAGAACAGCGCUCAAAUGAUAACACUUGGUCACGCAAUGAUCCCACCAACAAAAUGUCUCAAGCUUACAACCCAAAACUAUAUAAAGGAAAGUCAAACAGAUUUCAAAAUCAUGGUUCCCAUGGAGAAGAGAUAUUUUCUGGUGAUACAAAAAUUAAGAAAUUGUCUGUCAGCUUUACUCAAGAGAGCGACAGUGAGAGAAAUGGCCACACACCCAGGAACAGCAUGACACUCUUCUGUCCAAACAGCAAGCCUGGAGCCCCAGAGACAGAGCGAGAGAAUUCCCCAGGGGCGUGCAGUUCCAGGGACAGAUCACUUCUCAAGCUGAGGAACAGCAGGGUAGAAAACCCAGCGUCAGAAAAAGCUCCUGUGGAAGACUUACUCGGUGACACCUCUAUUCUUAAUGACCUCUUUAAAAGCUGCGGGGAGGGUCCCACACAGCUGCCAGAUAGCGUUCUUUCAAGAUCUGUGACAAAAGCAAAGCAGAGACCCAGAGACUUCUGGGACAUGUUGGAUGAGCAGAAUGAUGACAGCCUUAGCAAACUCACUGACUUGGCAGUGAUAGAGACUCUGUGUACCAAGGCUCCCCGCUCCACAGUCUCCAAAAGGAAAGAUGAACUGGAAGCUCCCCUUUGGAAAACAAAUGAGAAGUUUUUGUGGAAGACGUUUAACUCAGAGGACGAUGAAAGCAUAGCCAGUACAGAGAGAGAGUAGAACUUGGAUGCGCCGUUGUGUGAGCGUUUGUGGUACUGGGAUUGUUAUCAUUGGCCAGAGCACCAGCGCCUUAACCUCUCACAUUGCUGUGAUCUAGUAAUUGUAUUUAAGUGGAAGGAAGUGAACAGACAUUUGAUUUUAGUUGAAACCUCUUUCAAUGAACUUAAUAUAUGUGGCUUGCACACUCUGAAA